AUGGAGUUUUCUUCUCUAAACAAAAUGUUUGCCUUGUUGGUUCUCCUUUUGGUGACACUUACCACCUUGGUAUUAGGCCAUGGCACGUCGGUUGGCUUUUACGGGAAAACUUGUCCUAACGUUGAAUCCAUAGUAAGGUCGACGGUUCAAUCCGCUGUAAAGGUGAACCCCACAAUGGCGCCAGGUAUACUAAGGAUGUUUUUCCAUGACUGUUAUAUUCGAGGUUGUGAUGCAUCUUUACUAAUUAACGGUUCAUCAACCGAAAAGUCUGCACCACCCAACGCCUUCUUGAGAGGCUUUGAAGUUAUUGAUGCUGCAAAAACCAAGCUAGAAACCGCAUGCCCUGGAGUGGUCUCUUGUGCCGAUAUUCUUGCGCUUGCUGCUCGUGACUCUGUUGUCCUGACGGGUGGAUGUAGUUGGAAGGUUCCGUUAGGGCGUAGAGAUGGAUUGGUUUCAUUGGCAAAUGAUACUGCAGAUUUGCCUGCAUUCAAUGACCCUAUUGCGAUCCAAAUCAAAAAGUUCGCCGGUAUAGGUCUAAGCACGAAAGAUAUGGUUACCCUUGUUGGAUCACACACAAUCGGGACAGCUGCUUGUGCAGUAUUUAGCUACAGGCUAUACAAUUUCAACAACACCAAUAGACCCGACCCAGAUAUAAACAAAGCAUUCCUACCUCAGCUACGAGCACUUUGCCCUAAUGGUGGUAACCCUUUGAACCGUGUGGGUCUUGAUACUGGCAGUGUUAAUAGCUUUGGAAAUUCCUUCUAUAAUAACCUGAGGUACGGGCGGGGAGUUAUUGAAUCUGAUGCCAAGUUGUGGAGUGAUCGUAGGACCAGGAUAUUUGUAAAAAGGUUUUUGGGAACUAUGCCGCAAACUGGAUCAAGAUUUAACGAAGAGUUUGGAAGAGCCAUGGUGAAGAUGGGUAAUAAUAAUGUGAAAACAGGGAAACAAGGUGAAAUUCGUAAAGUUUGUUCCGCAAUUAAUCGAUACUAA